AUGCUCCGGAGGCGGCCGGGCGCCUCUGCCCCGCCAAGUGCGCCCAAGCCCUCCAGGCGCCCAUGCCGCUCAGCCGCGCUCGCCCCUCGCCCAGACAUCUUGCUCAAUGCCCCCCAGCCCAGCCCAGCCCUGCCCUGCGCCGCCCGAGUCCAGCCCUUCCAACAACGGAUGCUGCGCGGGGAGAUCCUGCCCCUCACGCACAGCCACAAUACACACACACAUACACACACACCACAACACACACCCAGAAAGAAGCCUGCCCGGCGCCAAACCUCACCGGCGGGGCUCGGCUCACGUCCUUCCCUUGACUGGCAGCAGCAGCAGCAGCAGCAGCGCGGACGCUUCUCAGCGGAGUUCCGACUCCCGCUCGCCGCUUUCCUGCCCGGCCGCCCAUUCCGCCAGCAUCCCUUCUCCCUCCGCCGCCGCCGCCGCGCCGCCAGCCCGGCUCUCCCCGCAGCUGCACCAGCCGCCGCGGCAGCAGCAGCAGCAGCGAUUCACGCCGCACGCCCAGCCAGCAAUGGAACUCGGCCCUCGCCGACUGACAAGCGCCGGCAGCCAAUCGGCGCCUCCUCGGGCUCCCCGGGAGAGAGGGGCUCCCACCAAUGGCGGGAGGAGGGCUGCCCGCCCAGCCGCUUCCCCCGCCCACCCAGCCCCCGUGGUCGCCUCCUUGCUUCCUCGCGUUCUUCUUCGCCCCCUGCUUCAGUCGGCAGCUCGGCUUCCGGGAGCGCGGGAAGGAAGGGGCCGUCGGCUCCCGGUGGGGCUUUCGGGGGUCCGCAGCGCCGAGGUGCGCCCGCCUUGCCCGAGGCUUUGUUUAAGGUGGCUUCGGCCAUCCCCUUCCACCUUAACCGGGGGAUCGGAGGGACCCAGGGUCGAAAGAGAGGGGGCGGGGGACAAAUCGGUACCAAAGGUAUCACUGCUUCUUCGGGAGAAUACCUUUAGAGUAAGCGUUGCACGCAAGGAAGGUGGGAUUAGCAUCGCGGGGGGUGGGGAGUAUAGGGCAGAGCUAGCAAAAUAUGCCCCCAUGCUGAAGGAAGGUUUGCACCUGCUGCAAGCAGAAAGUGCACCUUUCUGAUCCCUUGUCCCUGAUCACUCCAGCCUUCCCCGUUCCUUUCCUCCCCAGCCCCUCUCCCCAUUUCCCUUUUCUUAUCUGAAAACUGGCAUCGUUGCGUUUAUAACAGAUAGGUAUUUCGGAAUGAGGCUGUGGGGUGAGGGAAUGUAGCAGAGCCAUUGGUAACAACAAAGGAGAGGUCGUGGCCAAGGAUGGAGAUUUUCCCCAGCAAUAGGGAGAGAACUUGUUUUUGUUUUCUGAGUUUCAUGCAACAUAGUCUGCUUCUCAUUCUCAAAGGCUAUGUACAGGUUAGCAACUUAGAACACAGUAAGGUUGACUUCACCCAAUAUGCAUUGCCUGUUUGGUUUCAACUACACCUGCUACCCCCCACCCACCCCACUGGAAAACACCUAUUCUCACAGCUGGCAUUUGCACAUGUGUCAAAACAGUCUCGAGUGUAUACAUCACAGUUUCAUCAUGAAGUGAAUGUGCCUUACAUUUUCAAAUCAGAUGGAAGCUGGUUUGAGGGGAAGUACAUCCAACAGCUGUAUUUCUCAAAAAUUACAAGGCAGAUACAAAUUGUGGCUAAUGUCAUAGAGCCAUAGAAUGGUAGAGUUGGAAAGGACCCAACAAUCCAGGAAUCAUAGCUACAGAAUCCUGGACAGAUGGCCACAUAACCUCUGCUUAAAAGCUUCCAAGGAUGGUGAGGCCACCACCUUCUGAGGGAGCCCAUUUGACUGUCGAACAGCUCUUACUGUAAGAAACUUAUUCCUAAUGUUUAGUUGUAAUCUCCUUUCUUGCUAUUUGAAUCCAUUGGUUCAUGUUCAACCCCUUGAAGCCUCAGCAAACAAGCUUGCUCCAUCCUCCAUGUGACAGCUCUUCAGAUAUUUGAAGAUGCCUAUUAUAUCUCCUCUCAGUCUUUUCUUUUCCAGACUAAGCAUACCCAACUCCCUCAACCUUUCCUCAUAAAGCUUGGUUUCCAUACCCUUGAUCAUCUUGGUCGCCCUCCCCUGCACACGUUCCAGCUUGUCAAUAUCCUUCUUAAAACUGUGGUGUCAUGUCAUAUGCACAUGACUUCAAACACUAUUGGUGGGGGCACCAGUAAUGUGUCCAGAGCCAAAUGAAUGGGAGAGCCCAUAACCAAAUAUUUAUAACAAUUUUGGAGCUUAUACAAUGUCCGUGGGUUAAAAGGAAGAUGGGACACAUACACUGUUAUGUAUUUCAUUGGCUUCAGAACAAAAAUAACUUGGAGAGUAAAGCAUGGAAGAGAAUCCUGUAAUCCAUGUUGUCUGGUGACAAUGUUGGAAAAAAUCUGUUCUUUGAGAACUUGUGGGUUCAAGGUACAUUUUUUCACCUUUGGUGGACGUGCCCAAAGAUUAAGGCUUUCUGGGAGAUGAUAUAUAAUGAAUUAAAAAAGGUAUUUAAAUAUACCUUCUUGAAGAAACCAGAGGCCUUUCUCCUAGGUAUAGUCGGCCAAUUGGUGUUAAAAAAGGAUAGAAUACUCAUUGCAAAGUAUUGGAAGACACAAGAGCUACCCACACUGGAGGAAUGGCAGAUGAAAAUGAUGGACUACAUGGAAUUGGCGGAAAUGACUGGCAGAAUCCGUGACCAGGGAGAAGAGUCUGUGGAAGAAGAUUGGAAGAAAUUUAAAGAUUAUUUACAGAAAUAUUGCAAAAUUAAUGAAUGUUAGAGUGCUGUUGGAUUGAAGUUAAGUGGCUUCUAGCUGUACAGGCUUUAAAGUUAUAAAUAUAUUAAGCUUAAGGAUUAGCAUUAAAAAGGUUAAAAGAAUGGAAAAAUUGGUUGUUAAUAGGUUAAUGUUAUAAUAUAUUAAGAUUAAGGAUUGGGAUUAAAAAAGAGGGAAAGAAAUUGCUGGAUUAACAAACUGAAUUGGAAAACAAAAGAGGGAGGUAUGAGGAGGUCCGGGAAACAAGUAAAUGUAAAAGAAGUCAUGAAAAGACGGAAUUUUUUUUAAACUGUUUUUUCUUUUUUCUUUUUUCCUUUUGUAUUUUGUAUUGUGUAUUUUUCUUUUUAUUCUUAAAUUUUUCUUUUUUAUUAAUGUGAUUCUUUCUUUGCGAAACUAUAAUAAAUAUUAUUUUUUUUAAAAAAAGAGAGAACUUGUGGGUUCAGUUCCACACAUUUGUGUGUGUUGAUACGCAUUCGUCUCACUUCAAGAUUAGCACCCUGUAUUUGGUACAUGUGUGGUGGAAGUGAACUCCAACUAAGUCAUACGCAGACCCACUGAAAUCAAUUAUCUACUCUGAGUACAGUAUAACCAAUAUUGUAUAUUACCCAGCUGUAGCAUGUCUUUGCAUCCUUUACCAUGUGAAUUUGGCAGUAUAUGCUGUACAUUUAUAGGCACCUGUCAACCAUACCACCUCAGGAGAAAUAUCAAAGUUUUUCUAUAAUGCUAAGGCACUUGUUCCAUUAAUAUAUUGGUCUUUCUGUGAGGAUUUAAGCCUUUCAACAACCCUUUGAGAUAGGCUAGGCUGCAAGAUUGUGACUUGAGCAAGACCACCCAGUGAGCAUCAUAGCCAAGUGUGGAUUUCAAUAGGGACAAAUGUGAGGCUCUGCAUUUAGGCAGGAAGAACUAGCUGCACAAAUAUAAGAUGGGAAACAUCUGGAUUGCCGGUAGUCCAUGUGGAAAGGAUCUAGAGGUCUUAGUAGACCACAAGUUUAACAUGAGUCAACAGUUUGAUGCAGCAGCAAAAAAUAUAUGCUAAUAAUGUUCCAGACUGCAUCAACAGAACUAUAGUGUCCAGAUCACAAUACGUUUCCAAGCACAAUUCAAAGUGUUGGUGUUGACCUUUAAAGUCCUAAACUGCCUCAGUCCAGUAUACCUGAAGGAGCGUUACCACCCCCAUCGUUCUGCCCGGAUGCUGAGGUCCAGCGCUGAGGGCCUUCUGGUGGUUCCCUCAUUGCAAGAAGCAAAGCUACAGGGAACCAGUCAGAGGGCCUUCUCAGUAGUGGCGCCCGCCCUGUGGAACGCCCUCCCAUCAGAUGUCAAAGCAAUAAACAACUACCUGACAUUUAGAAGACAUCUGAAGGCAGCCGUGUUCAGUGAAGUUUUUAAUGUGUGACAUUUUAAUGUAUUUUUAAUGUUUGUUGGAAGCCGCCAACCCAGACAGAUGGGUGGGGUACAAAUAAUAAAUCAAUAAUAAUAAUAAUAUCAAGGGAUGUUACAGUCCUGCUCUAUUCUGCCUUGGUCAGACCACACCUGGAGAACUGUGUCUAGUUCUGGGAACCACAAUUUAAGAAAGAUAUUGACAAGCUGAAACAUGUGCAGAGGAAGGCAACCAAUAUGAUCAAGAGACUGGAAACCAAGCCUUCCAAGGAACGGUUGAUGGAGUUGGGCCUGGAAAACAGGAGACUGAGAGGAGAUAUGAUAGCCAUCUUCAAAUAUGUAAAGGGCUAUCACAUGGAGGAUGGAGCAAGCCUGUUUUUUCCUGCUUUGGAGGCUAGGACCCGAACCAAUGGAUUCAAGUUACAAGAAAGGAAAUUCCAACUAAGCAUCAGAAAGAACUUUCUGACAGUAAGGGCUGUUCAACAGUGAAACAGACUCCUAUGAGAGGUGGUGGCCUCUUCUUCCUUGGAUGUUUUUAAGCAGAGGCUAAUUGGCCAUCUGUCAUGCAUGAUUUGGUUGAAAUUCCUGCAUUGCUGGGGGUUGGACUAGAUGACUCUCAAGAACCUUUCCAACUCUAUAAUUCCAUUAUUCUAUGCUAAAAAUCUCAGAUUCUUACACUGUGUAAUUUAUGACAGAAAAUUAUAAGUUCUCUUAAAGCCUUACAGCUUGAAACAUUUUUCAGGCCUGAGGGGACUUAGGAUGUUUGUGUACAUAGCAUGUCAAUAUAAAAUAGCUAAAAGCCCAGCAGGAAACUGCAUUUUAAACAAGUUACCACAAUGUAUACUGCCGAUUCUGUUUAAUUCAGAAUUAGUUACAAGUAUCAUCAAUAUCAACGCUGCGUUGUAUGUAUUUUGUCAAUCCACAGAGAUCUGCAGCAACUGUACAGAAAUCCAAAGUGCCACAGCAAACGGAACAUGAAGACACUUUUCUUCCGUGUAGCAACUCAACUUACAAAAUCUAAAAACAAAACCUUUCAAUCUCUUCAGUAAAAGCACCCCACAUUUCUUAAACUGCAAAGCACUUAAAGAGCAAAGCAUUGAUCCCAGCGCUAAUAAAAUCCAUGGCUGCAUGUCAA